GCAGCACCGCGUCCCGCCGCCCCGUCCGCCCGCACCGCCCGCACCGCCCGCCCCUCCCGGCCGUCCCGCCGCGGCCCCGAGCUCUGCCACCCCCCCCGCUCCCCCCCCUCCGGACCGGCACCCCCCGGGGUCACGUGUGCGGCCGCGAUCCCGGCGCGGGGGCGGCGGAGCGGGGAGGGGGCGGCGGGAGGAGGGGCGGCCGCGGGCGGCCAUGGCCUGGCCGUGCAUCAGCCGCGUGUGCUGCCUGGCGCGCUUCUGGAGCCAGCUGGACAGGUCGGACCUGGCCGUGCCGCUCACCAUCCGCAACUACUCGGACAUCGAGGAGCAGGAGGACGCGCCCGCGCCGCCGCCGCCGCCGCCGCCGCCGCCGCGCCCGCCCGCCGCGGCCCCCCGCCCGCGGCCCGGCCCCGCGCACGGCUCCCCGCCCGAGCCCUUCGCGGCCGAGACGCAGUACCGCCGGGACUUCCGCGCCUGGCCCCUCCCGCGCCGCGCCGCCCGCCCCUGGGUCAGCGCCGGCAGCGGCGGCCACCGACCGCCCGCGCCUCCGCCCGCCCCGACCCGCGCCGCCCGCGCCCUGCCCGGCAUCGGCCGCCCGGAGCGGCGCCCGCGGGCGGACGGCGGCCCCACCACGUCCUACAGGCAAGAGUAUCGCCCUUGGACUGGAGCAAAACCAUCCAAGCCCAUAAAGACAAAGCAAGGCUUCAUUAUCCCAGAUGACCAUUUUGUUCAGGAGACAAGUUACAAGGCGGACUAUAAGCAGAUCCCGGAGGUGAAGACCAGGUUCUCCCCCAACCCUUCUGCUGUUUUCCAGGCGCCGUCGCGGAUCCUCAACGUGUGACGCCGGGCCCUCCUCGCGCCGGGCAGCGCCACAGCGGUGCUUCCGACCGGACGUGUCACUAUGCAAUCUUCAGGAGGAGCGCUGGGAUCAGAGAACCGAUGUCAGCAGGAGCAGCUCCUGGGGCUGGGCGCUCUCCUUCUGCGAUUGUGCAGAUUGUGAAGCGCUCCAUUCAGAGCCGGCAAACACGCUCCGCUGUGCGCAGCGGCAGGGAGAAGUCACAAACAGGAGCGAGAACUGAUAGCAAACCCCCGGAGCAGCACGGAGCAGGGAGCACCUGCCUGACUUGUCAGCUUGCACAGCUGCCUCCUGCACGCACCUCAGCACCAGAGCUCAGCACGGGAGGGCUGCUCUGCUCCGGACCCACAGGGUUGCUGGAGCCGCUGGCAGCUCCGCAGCGGCUGCGUUGGGGGGCUGUGUGUGCAGAGUGGUGAGCGCACGCUGCGCUUCGGAGGGUGUAGAAUACUGGUGGGUUGGAUGUAAAUAUUGCACCCGGAUUUUACCUAAAGCAGUUUGUGAUCCUUUAAGGAAGAGGACGUGCUUCUACUUUUAAUAAAUGUUAACUCUUUGCAUACGCAAGGUGGAAAGUGUUGCCUUGAAAUGCCUACGUUUCUGCCUGCCUAUCGGUGAUGUUAAUGUUAGUGGCUAGGAGCAACCAGAGGUGAAUGUUACUUAGAAACUCUUCUUAAAGAAAAACAUUAACAUGGAAUGUAUGACACCCCUCAUUGCUAAGAUAGGCCAUUUUCAGUGGCGUUACUCUAAGGCUCACUUUUUUUAGGUGGCUGCGGAUUUAACUUUGCUGAGACGUGUGUGUUUUAAGAAACCAUCCUUUUUAGCCUCCCUUCAUCCCAACCACCGUGGUUUUACAGUUUCUAUCUCAGAGACUUAUGCAAUAUAAGAGCUCUUCACCUUCCCCCAGCUGAGGCCAAUGGCACAUUCAGUGAGCUCUGAGCAUUCUGCAAACACGCAGCCGGUGCUGCUAACCGAUACGAAGAGCACUGGAAGCAUUAGAGUGCGGAUGAUACAUGGCAUUCAUGCAGAAAGCAUCUCCUCAGUGCUUUAGGUGAGAGCCAGCGUUGGGCUGGGGGGGUUGGUUGGCGUUGGCCCCCAGCCUUUGUUUUUGGCCCCGGGCCGUACGGUAACAGCAGUGCUGUAACUUUGCCAAAACCAUUUUUCAGGAGACUCAUUUUCCAAGGAAUGCACCCAAAGCGUUCGAACUCUGCCGAAGGUUUUGCAUGGCACGCGUUUCUAAGGAGAAACCCAUCUGCUCGAGUAAUCUCUUUGUAACGUUUUUAGCUGUUUCGUUCCGUUUUGGUUCAUUUCAAUCCUGGAUUUUAUUAUCAGAAAAGCAGAAAAAUAAAAAAAAGGAUGCUUUGCCUA